AUGAAGAUAAGAGGAUGUUCAAUCGAAAUCUUCAGGUUCAAACAUGAUACAGUAGUUCGAAAUUUUUUAUCUAAUUCGUCAGGACCAGUAAAUCUUGUUAAACCCAUUUCACCGAUGCCUCAGAGAACAGUGCCAGUAUUACCAAAUAAAUAUAUAGAGGAAACAACUGGAGCAUUCCAAGCUAACUUUAAAAACUGUAAGGAAUUUGUGAAAUAUCGCUAUAAUGAAGAAUACCCUCCAAGUCAUAUACGAAAUUGCUUGCCAGAAAAGCCUACGGAUAUUAAAGGAGUUGAUCAAGUUGUGUACAAACAUGUGCAUAGAAAGCAAAUGAUAAGGAAAUUGCCCACAUUAUUGUCAAGUAAAUUUUUCACAUUGAAGUUCUUUCCUGAUCUGCACCAUGUAUCGUUGGCCAGAAAAUCAAAUAUAGCAUAUACGUUCACAAAUCGUGGAGGCUUUAACCUUAAUGAUCCUUUGCUUGCCAAAUCUUUAACAGAAUAUAAAGGAAAGUAUAAGAAGCUUGCAUUCUUCCAAGAGAAACUAUGUCCAUUGGAUACUGCAGUAGGUAGGGCAAAAUACAGAAAAUUCAUAAAGCGAUCACUAUUCGAAUCGUUGCACAAAUAUGUAAAAUUGCCGAAAGAUUUGGAUCAAGUAAGAGGAGUAUUCUUUUUCAGGUUUACAAUUGUUCCAGCUACAGAAAGUGAUAAGCAACAGGUUAUGACUGACCUUGAUCUGGCAUUAAAUGUAUUAUUAAAGUCUAAUCUGAAUUAUAAACUGCAACUAUUGAAUGUUGUAAAGGAACAGAACAAAGCCUUCAGGAAUGGUCAAGUGCUCGUUAAAGAAGUAAAAAUGUACAAUACAAUAGGUGCUAGGAAUGUGCCUGGCUAUUAUUCAAAGCUUCCGUAUAUAGACGACAUGAAAAAAUUAUUAUAA